AUGGCCCAUCAAAUAAACAUUGUCAAAUUAAUUACCCUUGGUAUUGCUUUCUCCUUAAUCGUAACGUAUGUUUAUGCUGAAACAAAAAUCGUCAAAGUCGGUGGAAAUGGAUUGUUAAAAUUUGUCCCUCAAAACAUAACAGCUGUUAAAGGAGAUGUUAUUCGAUGGGAAUUUGAAGGUGGAAUGCAUAAUGUUGUUCAAAGUGAUGGACUCGGCUCAUGUGAAUUAAGUCAAAUGGAAAAUACUUUCAAAUCCACGACAAAUCCAGUAAAUGGAUUUGAAUUACAAAUCACAGAUACAAAAGCAACACUUUAUUACCUUUGCAGUGUAGGAACUCAUUGUAUGAAUGGUAUGUGGGGGGUGAUUUACGUUGGAGGAACUGAACCAACCCCAAUUGUUGAUGCGGCUACGCCUACGAGUGCUCCUAGUUCGAGUGCCGUUAGAUUCGUUGAUUCUGAUGAAUAUAAUGUUAUCAUAAAAGUCGGUCAAGGAGAAUCCUUAAAAACUUUUAACGCUCAUUCCGUGAUUCUCAAAGCACAAUCCCCUUAUUUUCUCUCCUCUUUAAAAAAUUGCGAAAAGCGGGAUGACAAAUUUUUAUUCGAGAAACCAAACGUUUCACCCAAAGUAUUUGACGUUAUCUUAAAAUAUAUUUAUAGUGGUAGUAUCUCCCUCGUAAAUUUCAAUUCGGGAGAAUUGAUGGAUGUACUUGUUACCGCUAAUGAAUUCAUUUUAAAUGAAUUAGUUAGUCACAUCGAGAAUAUUCUAUUAGCAUCAACUAAUGAAUGGCCAAAAUAUUGCGACAAAACGAUUCAAGAAAAACCAUCAACACUUUUGGAAUCAGGGGAUUCUGCAUUAUUAGAUGAAAGCGUAUUGAAAAUGUUAUUGGAAAAGAAAAUAUUUAAAUUUAAAGAAAUUGAAACCUGGACUCAAGAAAAUUUUAUGAGAUUGAAAGAAACUCUAAUCCCAUGUAUCUCUUCUAUUCGAUUUUCAUUGUGUACGUCAGAUGAAUUCUUCGAUCAUGUUAAACCCUUUAAAAAAGUUUUUGAUGAUGAUUUUUAUGGAUUUAUAUUAAAAAUCCAAAUACAGUUCCCAAAAGCUCGGUCUAUACAAAAUAACCGGAAGUAUAAGUAUCCGUUUAACGGUCUAAAAAGGGUAAAAUAG